AUGGCGGCGCUCAGGGCGGCGGUGCUGCUGCUGCUGGGGUUGUGCCUGGGUUGCGCGGCUGCCGCCGUCCCCCUGGUUAUCUGGCACGGCAUGGGAGACAGUUGCUGCAAUCCACAAAGCAUGGGCUACAUUAAGAAAAUAGUGGAGAAUAAAAUACCAGGGAUUUAUGUUGUGUCUCUCAAGAUUGGAAGCAACAUGAUACAGGAUAUGGAGAACAGCUUCUUUAUGAAUGUGAACGAUCAAGUGAGCGAGGUGUGCAGCCAGCUCGCAAAGGACCCUCACCUGAAAGGAGGCUACAACGCAAUGGGCUUCUCCCAAGGUGGCCAGUUCCUGAGGGCAGUGGCCCAGAGGUGUCCUUCUCCUCCCAUGCUCAAUUUGAUCUCCGUUGGGGGACAGCACCAAGGCGUGUACGGCUUUCCACGCUGUCCUGGUGAGAGCUCCCAUAUCUGUGACUGGAUCCGAAAGACGCUGGAUCUAGCCGCCUACACGCAAGCUGUUCAAGAGCACUUGGUACAAGCAGAGUAUUGGCACGACCCUCUGAAGGAGGAGGACUACAGGAAAAACAGCAUCUUUUUGGCUGACAUAAAUCAGGAGAGGGGUAUCAAUGAGACGUACAAGAAAAACCUGAUGGCUCUGAAAAAGUUUGUGAUGGUGAAAUUUCUCAAUGAUACCAUGGUCGACCCUCCGAUCUCUGAGUGGUUUGGGUUUUACAAAAGCGGCCAAGCCAAGGAGACCAUCCCGCUGAAGGAGACCUCGCUGUACACAGAGGAUCGCCUGGGGCUGCAGGAGAUGGACAAAGCAGGAAAGCUGGUGUUCCUGGGGGUGAAAGGGGAUCAUCUACACUUCUCAGAAGAGUGGUUUUACACCACUAUCCUCCCCUUCCUCCAGUGAAGCUAAGGGGAGGCACCCUGUGAGAACACUGGGGAGGGUCUACCACUGUAGUUAAUGCAGCUGCUACUGUGCAACAGCACUUUCUGCGUACAAACCUGCGGGGAUCCGGGGAAGGGGAAGAAGCGGGGUUUAGCUCAGCAGUUCCACGGUGUGCGGAGGUGGCACCUGCUACGCUGCAGUAAGAGACCGGGAUUUGUCUGGAUGUAAUUACGCUCCAAUAUGGGUGGACUGAGCCUUGCACUGACUCUGAAGCACUCCAUCCUGCACAGGCCCUGCUAAGUCUACUUCAGUUCUCAGAGCUGCAGCUCUGCUGGUCACUUGGUGAUGGCAAAACGAUUAGCUGUACGAGAGGUUUGUUUUUCCCUGUCGCCUGUUCCUCGCGGGAGGCAAUGGCAGUAUUAACCGAAAUCACUAGUGUAAGAAUGCUGUACCUCUUAAGGGGAUCAGCAAGUAGACUUAGAUGGCUGUAUGCAGAGGAAAGAUAUUACAGCCUCUCCUUCAAGAUGGGGAAAAGGGCCAAAUUUAGGGAUUUUUGGGGAAAAAGGAGGGGUUUGAAUUAAGUGGGUAUUAACAGCUUGAACAGUUUUCAACUAAUGGCUUGUUUUAUGCACUUUUGUACAGCAACUGAAAUCAAUAAAGAACUUUACAUCUAACCAACUAAAAACAGAGAUGA